UUGAUAGCAACACUGCUUGUGCUUUCCCUAGAGGGGAAAGUCGCUGCCUCAGAGAUCCUGAGGUCCUGCCUUUGCUCUUCACUCCCUGCUGUCCUAGUACUGUGCAAAAACCCCAGCCGGUGAGCAGUGAGCCUCAUACACAUGGAUAUUGGAAGUGUUGCAGAUCAGGAGAACGUAAAUGCUCUGACGGGGCAAGCACAACAUCUUGCUAACAAAAAUGUGCAGCUGCAGGAUAGGAAUGAGAGGCUCUAUGCGGGGUUUGGAGACCUGCAGGAGAGGAUGGGGAGGCUGGCUGGCUCCAAACCAGAUUUGUCACCCAGUACGAUCUUCAGUGAAGAGGAAAAACUGAAGAUUUCCAAAGAACUUGUUGAUCUCCAAAUUGAGACGAACAGAAUGAAGGAGCAGUAUGAAACAGAGAAAUUCGAACUGAAAAAUAUGAUCUUGGCCCUGGAGAACCGUGUGCUGGAGCUGGAGCUCCGCAGUGAGAAAGUCAGCGGGGAGCGGGAUGCCUUACGGGACCGCCUGCACGCUCUGGAGAGCAGCCGGGAGGAGCUGGCAGACGAGUACAUCAUUUUGAAAAGUAACUACCUGGCGUUAGGCAAAGAGCUCGACCAGGAGGUCUUAAAGAAUGAAGAGCUCAGCCUAGAGCUGCUCAGCCUGACCAAUGCCAGGAGCACAGAGAGCAACCACCACCACUCCCACACCUCGGCCACCGAGCCCGCUGCAGAGGCAGACAGAGCACAAGUAAUGAUGCAUCGUCCCUCUGCUCGAAAGGCAAAGCCAGAAGACGUGGCUGCCCCUGAACGUGAGUGGCAUAACCCAGGAAGAAAUUUGCUUGGAAACCAGGAUCACAUAAAAGUGGAGAUUGAGAAACUGAAGCAAACCUAUGAUUUGAAGCAGCAGAAGCUGGAAGAGAAAGUGAUCACAAUGGGGAAGGAGCUGCAGGAGGCGAAGAGAGCAGUCCGUGACCCCCAGCACAAACUGGCGGAGCAAUCAGCAGUGCUGCUCGCCUCCCAGAGCCAACUCCAGGAGGUGGAGGCAGAGAACUCCCGGCUGCAGCUGCGGCUGAAGGAGCUGAGCGAGGAGUACCGCUGCCGGCUCACGCAGUACGUCAGGGAUGUGGCGGAGUACAUGGACAGCAAACCCAGCACCCGAACCAGGCCUAGCAAGGCCCCAGCUGAGCAUGCAGACAUGAAGCGCUUUGUGGACAACAUGCUGAAGGACAUCAGAGCUUCCUACAAGGCUCGGGAGGAGCAGCUGGCUGGAGCAGCGCGCACCUACAAGAAACGCAUGAAAAGCUUGGCCAAGAAGCACGAGAACCUGCUGAUUGCAUACAGUGUGCAGCGAGAGAAGAUCCGCUCCCUGGGCAGCAGUGAGAUGGAUUCUGGCCCUGCUGAGCUCCACUUUGCCAUCACGGACCCAGAGCUGCUGACAAACACAACCCAGGAGCUAAACCGCCUACGGGAGAACAAAGUCAAACUGGAGAUGCAAUUGCACGAAUUGCAGAAGAAAGGACUGAAAGAAACCUCUGGUUUUCAGCUGUCUCCUGAGCAGAAGCGGGAUGAAGAGGGCUGGGCAGAGGCCAGGAAGCAGCUCCAGGAGUUCACACACACCACCCAGGUAAAGGUCUGGUACAGCCUAUCUGAAACAAGCCCAGCACUGACUCACAUGCCAGGGACACAAUGGCUGGGCCCUUCUCUGUCCAAAGCUAUUGCUGUGAGCAGCACACCAAGUGACGCUGCUCAGUGGCCAGUGGUGUACUCAGGCUGUGCAUUCAUGGCUACUGAAAGGAGCAGACCAGCCCUUACAGCUGCACAUCGCUGGCUGGUAUCUCUCCAUCUCUUGUUUCAGCUCAAAUAUUGAGGUAACUGGGAAACAAGCUGGAUCUGUUCUCAGCCUUGGUUCAAGCUAUAGAAAUCUAAUUUGAAUGUGAUUAUGCCAGUCUGGUUCCCUCUGGGUGCAAGGAUAUUUGCACUGCACACAGGAAUGGUGUGCCUUGGAGCCUUUUCCAUCCACAGCAUUGCCCUGCAGCAGCCAUGAAACCUGAGAGAUGCUUGCUGUGAGCAGGCUUGGCAGAGAUGGGGUUUGCUGUCCAGCAGUGAUGGCAGCAAUAGGGCUGCUGGGGAGAAAGGGGGGUGCUGACGCACAGUGCCAUGUGGGACAAUGGGGGAAGGGCUUUGGAAACAGAGUGGAGGCUCUGGUGGGUAAAUUGUAGAUUGGUGGACCAGGGUAUUGCAUGUUCUGGGACGUCCCAGUCACCUUGUCUGUAUGGCCAAUGGCCAGGAGAAGCUGUACCUGCAGAAAGCUGGGCCAUUGUCACCAGGCUCCUUUCUGUGAGCUCAUCAGUCUCCUGGCUGCCUCUGCAGCUUCAUGCCGAGCAGUGCCAGAACCAAAGUGCUUGGUCCCACCUGGCAGAGAGGGGCUGAGCACCUUCACUCUCAUCUCGCAGAGCUCCCUGCUUUCUCCAUGCUUUCCUUGCCAUUCCAGGAGGAUCUGGAGAAGGAGAGGAGUGAGCUUCUGACUCGGGCAAUCGUGGCUGAGGAACAGGUGUCGGAGCUGCAGGAUUACAUAGAGAAGCACCUUGCAAG